AAUAUGGCAAAACUAAGGAACAUAGUUUUCGAGUCUCUCCUGGAAGUGGGAACGGUCAAGGGCAUGUCGAUGGACCGGCUGGUUGAACGUGGCCUUCAUCUCGAUAAUGCUUCCAUCACCAUCUUGUUGACGUUCACUCGGACUGUUAACAUUGGUGGGGAAGUCCAGGGUGAGAGCAUCAACGGUGUACCAGCAGUCUCUUACCUCACCCUUCACGGCCACCACACACUGUUGCCGCCAAUGAAGUUCAGGAACUUAGCAGUUGAAGGUCGUGUUAGUGUCAUGUCGAGUGUCAAUAACAUUGAUCUGGUGGAGUUGAGCAGGAGCGUAGCACUGACCACCACCUCUGACACUCAAGAGUUACUUUCACCUAUCGUCUUCAUUAACGUGGCUGCUGAAAGGUUGCAAUGCGAGACGGGCCACUUGGCAGGUGUAAAAUUACAAGACCUUGUACUUUUAAAUGAUAGCGCUGUGAUUACAGGAAGGAAGUUGUUCCAGCAACUGGUUGUGAGGGAAGGCGGGAUGAAGGCAGGACCCACCACGGUGGAUUUCAUAAAUAGUGUUAAUAUCACCUCGCUCUUACAUCACUCCCUCAAGAAGAACCAAAGUGGAGUUCAGAUAGUCUCCGGGAACUUCCACUUGAGGCAGCUGGUAGUACUGCAGACGCUAACUACCAGAGGCUUCACCACUUACGAUCGCAAGGGCCAGCUGAGUGUCUUUCACUUAAACAGGUUUGGUGCUUCCUUAGGAACUAAUAGUUUUCCCCCCCCCCCCAACAGGGCAGCAAAGAGACUGGUGUACAUGAACCAGACCACCACUAUCACCGCCACUCUGUAUCUGAGAGGCACUACCUCUGUCACCUCGCUUACCUACCUAGACAUGUUUGACGGUGUCCCCGCGUCACGGUACAGGGACGGCUGGCUGCUCAAGACUAACCAGCAGACAAUGAGGGGUCAAAUGACCGUAGCCAGCAUGACCUCAGGCCAUGCUAAAACAGCUUAUGGUGUUAAAGUUCAAGGAGUCGAACUUGUUUAUUUUGCCAAUGCGUGCGCUCUGGUUGAUGUAUCUGAAGUCAUCAGAUAUCCUCUGAAGUUUAACGAAGUAUCUGCGGACUGGGUGAGCGUAAAUGGUCUUGUGCAAGGCUGGGAUUUGUCUGAGGAUGCCAUCCUUUCCACCACGUCUCUCUCAACCUUCACCGCAACCAAAACUUUCCUGGCCACAGUCACCAUCUCCGGCAACUUUCAAGCAUUAGACAUAAAUGGUUUUGAUAUUAAUAAGCUUUGUGCUCGGGUGGUACAAGAUUCCCUCACUAUCUUCGGUACUGUGAGGCUGGUGACAGGUGCUACUGCGAGUACCGUACGCGUUAAGGAGCACUUGAUCACUGAGGCGGCAAUGGAAGAGUACUGGCUCCUUGACACUAACACCGAUCUGCUCCCUACUGUUAACUUCAUGAACCUGGAUGUUCAGCACGUUGCUCUGAAGGACACGGUGAAUGGUGUGAACCUUUCCGAGUGGAGUUCUCGGGUUCUAAGAAAGACCUGUCCUAGAUGGCAGGUGAUCCCUGGGCAAGUUUACAUGGAUAUACUGAGUGUUCACAAUCUCUUCACUCCCCGGGUUCUGACAAAAACCCUGAAUGGGCAGCCAGCAGUCAUCUUGAAAAGCAUCCUCAGCCUCGGCGACCGUCAAGUAAUCACAGGCCAUUAUCGUCUUCGCUCGGUGCAGAUCAUGG